AUGUUGAAUCUUAAAGUGAUGAUGUUUGCGUGCUUGUCUGUCACCGCCGUUUUCUGUGAAAACGACCAAAAAAGAUAUAAUAGUAACACGGAAAGUUGUCUAUUGGAAACAAAUAUGUCAAGAGAUGAAUUUCAAGCUAUGCUUGCGACGGAAAAUGAUAGCCAAUUAGUAAUACUAAAGACACAAGCCCAUAAAUGUAUGUUUGGUUGUAUGAUGAGAAAAAACCACAUAAUUAACAAUGGCAUUGUUUCUGUGGAUGUGUUGAACGCAUAUGUACUGAAUUUCUAUGGGACAUCCGAUUACAAAAGACGUUUGAUUAGUAAAAAGGUGGAACAAGUCGUCGAUAUUUGCACAAAGAAAGAUAACUUGCCGACUGAAGAGUGUGCUUUGGCCGGAAUCUUAAUUCCUUGCAUAGCGGUAGAAGCCAACAAAGCGGGUCUAGCCGAUGAAUAUCCAGAGCAACCGUAA